UCAUAAUUUUUACAGCUGUUGAGAAAACUCACGAAAUUGAUGAGAACAAAGCUCAAAAUGUCUCAAAUAAUAUAAUAAUUGCCGCAGAAAAUGGUUGUAAGAAUAUUCUGAAGCCAAAUUGUGGUGAGGAUACCUUAUUUAUCGAAAAUACUAAUAUCAAGUCAGUUAACAACGAGAAGGGUCUUGACAACAAUAAUAACGUAACAUAUCAAAAUGGUAACUCCUGCGGAAGUCACGAUGAAGUUCGAACAUUAUUCGUUAGUGGCAUACCAAUGGACGCAAAACCCAGAGAAUUAUAUUUGUUAUUUAGGAAUUUUAAAGGAUACGAGAAUUCAUUGCUCAAAGUCACCAAUAAAUUAGGCAAAAAUCUUUCGCCCGUUGGUUUUAUAACUUUUAAAACAAGAAUAGAUGCCGAAAACGCCAAAAUGCAACUACAGGGAAUCAAGUUUGAUCCCGAAUCAUGUCAAACAUUGAGACUUGAAUUUGCCAAAACAAACACGAAAGUAGCCAAACCUAAAUCCAAUAACAAUAUCAUAAAUAUGAAUAAUGGCAUUUCAAAUUUAAUCAAUGGCAAUUACAAUAAUUUACAUAUUGAUAACACCUUAAGCAAAUUACCGAACAAUAUAGUGCAAACUAAUAACGCUUACCCCAAAAUAUAUUUGAAUCCAAACACUAACUCCUUAUUGCGUCAACUGAAUAACGAUAUAAAUAUAAACAAUAUUCAUCAAAUUAAACCUUCAAACCUACAGUUAAAUAUGCCUCAGGUACUUAAUUGUCAACCAGGCUAUCUACGAUCUAUUAACUCAAAUGAGCUGAGUUCAACAUUGGUAGCAACUCCUAACGAAGGACUCAUACAUCACUUUUAUGCUGACUUUGGUUCUAAUAACGCUUCUCCGCAAUGUUCAAUGCAACAUUCGCCAUCUCUUCCCACAUACAUACCUCUCAUAUCGGGAGACUAUUUAUUAACUCAUCCUAAGUCCAUCAUCCAAGUUCCUCUUGGGUCAAGUAUGAUGGACUAUAAAAACCAGACAUAUUUUGCCAGUAUCAAUGGGAUGGAAAAUAACACUAUUCAUUAUUUAAACGGCGAUGAUAAUGUUUCUAAUAAUAAUCACGAAUGCAACAACAUUAACUCGAAUCUGUAUUACGAUAUUGUUAACAACAAUCAAUUAUCUUUGUUCAAAAACAGAGCUUAUUCCCAAGAAGAAAGCGAUUCAAUUAACGAGACAGAUCAGACAAAUGAUUGUGAUUUGCCACAAAAUAUGCGUAUUACAGAUGUUUUAGAUGUUGAUCAAAAAGAAAAUCUCAACCCUCAAUAUAAAAGUAUUAAACAUGUUAUGACUACGAACUCUACAAAUAAUCAAAAUGAAUCCAUGUCUAAAACUGAAUCAGAAAAUGCAACAUCCCAACCAAAUAUUAUCGGUACAAACACGACUAAUGUAUUAAAUAAGAACGAUAACUCCGACUUAAUUCUAGAAAAUGUUAAUAAUAAUAACUUGCCAAAUAAUGAGAUCAUUGUCACAGAUAUUUCUAAAGACAAAACAAAACAAGAAUUAGAAAAAUAUUUUGAAAUAUUUCCAGGGUUCGCUACUCUAAACUUCAAAGCAGAACGAAAUGAAACGCAAACGGCGUUUAUAAAUUUUGAGGAUUACGAUAAAGCUACGCAGGCCUUGAACUAUUUAAAUAAUUUUAACGAAGAAAAGUCUAAUAACAAUAUUAACUUACUUAUAGGUAAUAAAAUUUCCUUUAAUGUCAUAAAGAAAGACUUGUUCAAUGAAAUACCUAAUUAUACCAUAAACAACAAGAUUGGAAAAGAUCUAUUUUACAUUAGGAAUAAGAGAAAAUAUGGAUCUACUAAUGAAUAUUUAUAAAGAACAACAUUUUUAGUAUUCUUGUUUUGUAUCAUAUAACUUUUAUUUAAUAAACUCUCAAAGAUUAAACAAAAUAUCAAGAUAAUUAUGUAUUAUAAUAAUUUUUUUUUUUUAUAUGGAACUCUCCUAAGGUGAUAUCUUAAUUAUACUAAUUAUAUACCAUACAUAAAAUGCAACAAUAAUUAUAACUUAUUUAUGUUUUAUAUUUUUAACAUUAUAAUUGUAAGUAUUGCCAAAAAAUUAUUUUAUAGAAAAUACUUUAUGGUGUUGACCACCAUCAUUGUUUAAUACUUAAAUAUUCAACAAAUCUUAUAUUCUGUGAUAUGAUCGAAAAACUAUUUAUAUCCUAUUAUGA